CAUAAAAAGUAUAAUUUUUUAUUUCAGAGACAUGCAGUGAAAAACAGGUCAGUUUUGCUUGUGGCAUUUGGUCUUCUUUCCCUUUUUGGUAGUAACCGGGCAGAACUCUCAGGGGCUGGAGCACUUGGAGUUCUCACACUGGGGGCAGCAGCUGGUGCUGGGUGGAAGGAAGAAGGAAAGAGACCCAUUGAGAAUGUUCUAGCAAUCCUUUGGACGUUUUUCCAGCCAUUGCUCUUUGGCCUAAUUGGUGCUGAAGUCAGCCUUGAAUACCUAAAUGAGAAACUUGUUGGUCGUGGCCUAGCAACUCUUGCUGUGGGUCUUUUGCUACGAAUUGUGGUAACAUAUGGUGUGGUUUUUGGAAACAAGUUAAGUGUCAAAGAGAAGGUUUUUAUUGCUCUUUCAUGGCUGCCAAAAGCAACUGUCCAGGCCGCCAUUGGGUCUAUCCCGUUGGACACUGCACGGGAGCGAGGAUAUGCAGGUCAGUUUCAAGAAGAGGUCGGCAUACAAAUUGUUACUAUUGCUGUUCUAGUCAUCUUGAUAACAGCCCCCAUAGGAGCUAUAGCAAUCGCCAUUGGUGGGCCUAAAUUGCUAAAGAAAGAGCGAAAAUCUCUGUUAUUGAAUGAAGAAGAUCAUGAUUAUAACACAAAGGGAAAUAUCUUUGGAUUAAAUUGUUUCUCAAAAUAAAGCAAUGAAUAUGACGAUAUAUGUAAACGACACUGAUUUGUAUCAUCCCGACAGCGGAAAAAAGAAAUUCGUUUACACUAUUUUAAAGCACUCUCUAAUUCAAGGUUUGACUGAUAUUAAUCUGACCGGGGGUACUCCUCGAGAGCUGUUAGAACCAAGGAUCGAGAUACCAGGGGGCCGAACUCAAGUACUUAAUUAUUAAAAACUCAACUAGAAUAAAUAAAAUACUUUUAUUUGGUAAAAUAUAGCUGUUGUUACACUUAUUUAUCAGGGCUGCCCCCUUCCCUAAUUAAAAAGUUGUAUCUUGGUCUUUGGUUGGAAUACCUUUCAUUGACAAAUUGCUAUACUUGGUCAUCGAAAUGUAUUUCCCAACGAACUCAUAUUUUUUUAUAUGAAAUCUGUUAACAUGAAACAUAUUAUUCUCAUCAAGAUGUUAUCGAUGCUCAAUCAAUGCUUUUAGAUUAGAAUGAAGUUUGAUACUUCUAACACUUCAUAGUGAUGUAGAGGGUACAGCUAAAUACGUCGAGUUAUGAUUUAAUUGCUGCGAUACUAUUGGUAGACCUAGGAUAGAUAACAUGUUACCUCGCACUGAUUCUCAAAACAGGCCCUGUAAACAAUCAGUUGUAAGUAUGGCUUCUGAGAUCACGUGAACGUAUGUUUAUCAGACAGUCAGCACAUGACCCCUUGCAGAGGGCUCCUAUUUCCCAUGAAUCGAUGUUUUCCCAAUGAAAUAGGAAAGAUCCACAUGUUCUGCAUGUCCAAUCAAGCCCAAUGUGUAUUUUUACGAGCACUUGUAAAUUAUUCUAUGUAUAGAUACCAAGCAUAAAUUCCAGCAGUUGAUUUGUAAAUAAAAUAAGCUGUUAUAUCAAAUCCUUUGAUUUAAUGGCUGUCUCUCUCUCUCUCUCUCUCUCUGUGAUUUAUUUGUUUUAGAUCAUAUACACUGCCCUGAGUAGGCCUAUUAUUAUCCAGUGUUAUUUUCAUGUACGAAGAAUAAGUAAAUUUUCUAUUUUGUUGCGGAUAAUCUCAAUUCUUUGCAACUUGAAAUGUCCAAAUAGGCUAUUGCUACUGAAAGAUUUGGAAAUAGCGAAAAAAUCAAAGAUUUGCAACUUAUGCUAGGUGAACUGAAAUUUUCAUAGUGAUUUGCCCCUCGAUAGUACACUAUGCU